AUGCCUCCGCAAAACAUCGAGAUCCCUCAUCUCCGCUCCAUCGAGGGGGGAAAGCAGUUGAUCGUUCACGGUCGCCCAAUCCUGAUAUUGGGUGCAGAGCUGCAGAACUCGUCGCUUACCUCGGCCGAGCAUAUGGACACGGUCUGGCCGAAUCUGGUGGUCAACACUGUGCUAGGAUGCGUCACUUGGGAAAUGAUUGAGCCCGUAGAAGGCCAAUUCGACUUCAAGGAACUGGACAAGAUCAUUCUGGGAGCGCGCAAGCACGGACUUCAUCUUGUAUUACUGUGGUUCGGCUCUUACAAAAAUGGAAUGUCAACGUACGCUCCCGCGUGGGUCAAGAAGAACCCCAAGCGCUUCCCUCGGAUGAAAUUGCGAAAGGCAGGAGGUGUGUUACAGACUACCGAGAUCCUGUCGAUCUUUCACGAGGAAGCUCAGAAGAGCGACGCCAGGGCCUUUGCGCAGUUGAUGCGCCACCUGAAGCAAUUUGACCAGGAUCACUCAACCGUCGUGAUGGUCCAGGUUGAGAACGAAACUGGCUUACUGGGUGACUCUCGCGAUGGCUCUGCCGCCGGAGAGGAGCGAUUCUCCCAACCAGUGCCCAAUGAUCUCGUCAGCUUUCUCGCCCAUGACUGGGACUAUCUUCAUCAAGACCUCAAACGCAACUUGAUUCACUUCAAAGCCCAGACUCCCCGUCAAGGGUCAUGGGCGGAAGUGUUUGGCAAAGGGCCACACACCAACAAGCUCUUCAUGGCCUAUCACUACGCUUUAUAUGUCAACCAGGUUGCCGCAGCAGGCAGAGCAGAGUAUCGCUUCCGCUACAGCGAUAAUGACUUCCCGGUUAUCGUUGGCGGCGGCGGCAUGCCAGGGGAUUAUCCCUCCGGUGGCUGCACACCAAACGUCCUGGACAUCUGGCAGCGUUUUGCACCAUCCGUGGACUUUUUCACUCCCGAUAUCUAUCUGAAUGAUUAUACUAGCUGCUGCUCCAAGUACCGCCAUCGCGGCCAGCCCUUCUGGACAGCAGUGGGGUCCUACCAGGCCAUCGGUGUCGCUCCGUUUGCUCUCGAUACCCUGGAGCCGGAGUCAAAUCCAUACAUCAAGCAUUAUGCCCUACUAGAAUCAGUCUCUCAGAUAGUGCUUGAGGCACAGCAACGCCCUGGUUCGUCUGUGGGGUUCUUCUUCGACGAGCUGGCGGCCGACGGCUCCGACCCGUCCAAACCGAUCACACGGCAACAGGGGGGUUAUGAGAUUACCAUCGAACGCGCUUUCGUCCUUGGCAAGCCAGGUCCCGGCUGUGGCAUGGUCAUCCAUCGUGGAGAAGGCAAAUUCCUCUUGAUCGGGUGGGGAUUCCAGGUCCGCGCAACCUCCUUGUCUCCGACCGCUGCGUAUACUGGGAUCCUCCGAUUCGAAGAGAAGGUCGUGGCGAACAAGGUGACAGGGGAGCUCAGGACUCGGCGCGUGCUCAAUGGAGACGAAACACGUAGCGGCCAGUUCGCCAUCAUGCCCAACGAAGACCCGGACUACGGUGGGUUCCCUAUCGCUAUCACCAUUCCUGCCAAGACAAUGAUUGCGGAAUUGGAGUUUUACUCGUUGGAUGAAAGCGAAGUUUAA